AUCUAAGAAUAUUUAUUUGUAAGAAAAACAAAUCAUUUUGAAGGUUAUACUAGUUUGAUCAAAAAAAAAAGAAGGUUAUACUAGCAUCUUACAUAUCAGUAUAUCACCUACCCAUAUAACUUGCAUUUGUUUUGUCACACCUAUUUAGCUACAUUAUUACCUUAGAGCAUCUCCAACACAUUGCUAUUUUCACCUCUAUAAUAGCAUUUAAAGGUGAAAUUGCUCUAAACCACCUAUAUUUCUUCCUCUAUAAUAGAGAUCUCUAUAUUUUCCUCUAUAAAUAGAGGAAGAAAUAGCAUUCCUUUAUUUUUUACUAUAUAAUUGAAAAUUGUUAUUAUAGAAAAAUACAUUGGAGCAUAUCUCACCUCUAUUAUAGAGUUCCUCUAUUUUAGAGGUGAAAAUAGCAAAAUACAUUGGAGAAUUACAAGUUCGAAAUAAAUGGUCUUUUCCUCUCUCAAUUUGAAUUUGAAUUUUCAUGAUUAAAAAUAGUAUGAAACAAGACAAAGUAUCUCGUUUGUAUUUAUCCAAAUACUAUUUGGUAAUAAAUGCAAUUUCAAAGGCCAAGUCAUAUACUCCAUCUCUUUAGUAAUAUUUUUCAAAUACAUUUAUUGUUAGAAACAUCUCAUUUUUACAAAAGAAAAAAAAAAUCUCAUGAGUAUUUAUUUUGAUAGAUAGAUAAAACUAAUCCUACUUACUAAUUAAUAUGCAUUCAAUGAAACCCUCUCUCAUCUUGUGUGUCUAUCUGCCUAUAUAUAACAACAGCCAAUAACAUGAAGACCUCAAACUUUCUUCGUUAACUCUCGAGAACAAAAACAAGAACAAUAGGUUCACCAAGGUGAGCUUACUUUGAACAUAGAUUCAAGUUCCUAUAUUAUUCUUGGAAGGCAAGAAACAUGAAUCAACAAGAAGCUGCGAGUACACUUGGACUUGAUCUGAAACUAAAUAUACUGGAUUCAUCUUUGCCCAGAGAGAGUCCAUCUUCAUCGUUAUGCUCGGAAGAAACUGGAGGUGGAGGAGGAGACGCUGUGGUUGUUGGUUGUCCUAACUGCAUCAUGUACAUCAUCAUGUCUUUGGAGAGUAACCCUAGAUGCCCUAGAUGCAACAGCCAAGUUUUGCUUGAUUUUCUCACAGGAAACUGUAGCAAGAAGAGUAGUGAUUAAUAAAAAGCCAAUUAAAAAUGUUCUUUCCUUUGUUUUUCUUUUCUUGUUUUGUUGCCACAUAUAUUGAUAGUUAAAAUUAUACGACGCAAGGAUGUGUUCAUAAAACAUAAAUAUAUAUAGACACAUUUGUUUUCCAAGAAUUGUAUUAUUCAUUACUUU